GAGGCCGAGCAGUUCGCUUCGGGUCCAUCAGCUUAUCCCUUCAACACCCUUCGUGUCCUCACGAUCACGAAUGAGCACACUGCUGCCCGCGUUAGCUUUGCUGUCCUGAAUCGAAUCUCCACUGGUGCUCCCCAGCGCAGAGCUUGCACACGGAACUGCAAGCCAGGAUGUUGCUAACCCGUCUAUCCAGCUCGUCCUGUUCGUCGACGGCGCUGCAGAGGCAUGCGUGCACCACCGGCAAGCCCCCCUUCCGCGGCGCCGCCGGGUGCUGGAAGAAGCGCGAGAAGCUCCCCGGCUUCAGAGCCAGAGUGGCCGUCAAGCCGCCCUGCGCCGCGCCAGGGAAGGGCGGCAUUGUCCCGGCCGGCAACGAUGACGACGGGGUCAGCCUCGGCACAGUGAAGCUGCCUGGCAACAUCGACGUCGCUCGCUUUGAGAGCCUACUCUUUCAGUGGGGAAACAGCCUCUGCCAAGGCGCCAACCUGCCGCUUCCGGUGCCUCUCAAGGUGGACAAGGUUGAGGGCGGCAUCAGACUAGGGUUCAUCGCAGUGGACGACGGCGCGACGCAGACGCUGGUUUACAUCGACUGCCUGGUUUCUCAGGCCCCGGACGGCUCCGGGCCGGUGUUCCGAGCGAUCAGGAACGGUCCUAUGAAGGACAAGGAGCCACCUGGAGAGCCCAGGAUCAUGAGAAGCCUCCUUCAGGCUCUCCAAAAGUCUAUUCAAAUUGCACAAGUUUGACAGUGUAAAGGGCUGCAAUUCCCUGUGACUGUAACUGACGAGAGCCCAUUGAAUCCUGUUAUUCUCGUUCUCCUCUCUCGACACUUCAAAGAAAUGAAGCUAUAAGUUACUUUGAGGAAGUUA